AUUCUGCAUUGGGAAAAGAAAGUUGUUAUAAAAAACGAAACAAAAAUGGUCAAGUUAUUAAAGCUUCCGAGCACAAUUAUUCCAUCUUUUAUGGAACUAUACAGAGCUGCAAGCUAUCCACGGCAUGCACUCACUUAUUUCUCGUUAAAACAUUUUGGUAUCCAAAGCGAAAAAUAUCCAGAAUUCAGAGAAAACCUGGAAUUGUUGACAUUGAACGAUAAUUGGAAAAAAGAUGGUUUGUUUUUGAUGAAGAAUGGGCACACUUACUACUUUGACUCCUUGGAGGAUCAGCCGUAUAAUCGCGUCAAGGAACUGUUGAUGGGUAUUGACUACUCAAAAGAGACGGUUUUCCGUGCAGUUCGUGAUCAAUUCAAACCCGUAAUGAACGACGUUCUAUGGCUAAAUAACAUGGAAAUAACUGAUCAAACUGGUACCACAAUGUACUUUUUGGAUAGGGAUUUCCUGCUGAAAUUGCCACCACAGCCGAUACCAGAGGGAUGGUAUUUCCGAAGUCUAACCUUAAACGAUGUGGACGAGAUAAAUCAAAAGGUUCAACGUGAGGGUGGUGACAAUCUUAGAUACAUCGAACAUUCGAUAAAAUACAAAUUGUCAUUGGGUUUGUUUGACGAAAAUAAUGUGAUGCAGUCUUGGGUUUAUGGGGUAGAUGUCGGCACAUUGGGCACAUUGGGUGUUACAGAUGAACAUAAAGCAAAAGGAGCCGGUAGUGCUACUUCAACAACGUUUGCAAAAGUAUUACUCAACCAGGACACAGAUUUCGAUAUAGUUUGGAACUGUGAACAUGGUAAUACUGCUGCACAUGCGCUGGCUCAUCGAUAUAAGGCCACAAACAUUGGUACGGUGACAUGGAUGGCAGUGAACAAACGAAUUUCUACGAAAAUGUCGCAAAUGGGAAUGUAUCAAAUAUUUUAUCCUAAACCGAAGAUGUAGAUUGCUUCUUGAAAAUAUGUUUGAAUGAUGGAAGACUGCCAAUUAUUUUUACGAAAUUCAAUCCUUUGACUAUAAUGCUAUUUUGGACAUUAUUUAGAAAUACAAUAUGGAAAUUGUUACUAAUCUAAACCAAAUUUGUAAGAUCAAAAAACGGUGUUUUUUGUAACCCUUCUAUAACUAAUUGUUAAGUAGGAUCUUACGGUUAGUCACAACAAAGUCAAAAGUUUCUAAUCUACUGUUACCAAUGAAGUAACAGAUUUUCCAUCGAUCUGUUGAUGUGAGUAAACGAAGUGACAGAAUAUAUUUAGAUAUCGCGGUACGUUAAA